UGGACAAGGCGUGAGUGAAUGUCCUCAUACAAGUCCCCCUUUGGCUGAUAUCUUCUCCACGGGGCGAGAGUCAAGUACCUGCGACGAUCAAAGGUUGAUCAAGGUCUGUACUGCACCUGACUGCUCCUGUCAAACUUGAUGCCAUUCAGCUCGGUCCCCAGACAAGCAAAUACAAGAUGAGCAUCCAAGGAGAAUUGGUUAUGGGCAACGGUGUUGCACUCAUGGAUGGUAAUCCUGAGAGUAUCGCUUCCCAAAAGGCACAGACUCUGUCAGAUUCCUCAAACUUAAAGACUCACUCCUCUCUCAUCCUCAAUGGAGAAGCCACCACAGCAGUAUCAGCUUCAGAGAACCAGGAGACUCAUCCCUCCAGCACGACUGAGGAACCAGCCAAACUUGCCAGAUCUCCUGAGCUGGAAGAAGCAGUUGAAGGACUUUCACUAGAAGAGCCCAAGGCAGUUCCCCUGUCGACGGCGAACUUGACAACGACUCUGGCCCCAGCUGACCAGCUAUGGAGCACCAGCAGAGACCAGGCAGUCAAGCUGAGGAUGGAGGGCUCAGGCUUGGCCUCGGAGACUCCCAUCACCAUCCACCAGAUGUUCCUGGAGACUGUGGAAAAAUACGGGGAUUUUCCUGCUUUGGUUUCCAAAAAAGAGGGGCAGUGGGUGACCCUGACGUGGAGGCAAUACUACGAGCAGUGUCGGGCAGCAGCUAAAGGUUUUCUCAAGCUUGGGCUGGAGCGUUACCAUGGCGUGGGGAUUUUGGGAUUCAACUCUCCUGAGUGGUUCAUCUCAGACAUUGGCUGCAUCUUGGCUGGGGGCUUGGCAGCUGGCAUUUACACGACCAACUCGCCUGAAGCUUGUCAGUAUGUGGCAGCCAACUGUGAGGCCAACGUCCUGGUUGUGGAGAACCAGAAACAGCUUGAAAAAAUCCUGCAGGUUAAAGAUCAACUACCUCAUCUGAAAGCCAUUGUCCAAUAUAAAGGCGAACUGCAGCAGAAAGCACCGUUCCUGUAUACAUGGGCAGAGUUCAUGAAGCUGGGAGAGGACGUGCCCGACGAGCAGCUGAACGCUGUGAUUGACAGUCUUCGGGCCAAUGAGUGCUGUACUCUCAUCUAUACCUCUGGAACUACUGGCAACCCUAAAGGAGUCAUGCUGAGCCAUGACAAUCUGACAUGGACAGCCCAUACAGCAUCAACCUUGGUAGAUUAUGACUACGCUGCGGAGGUGGUGGUCAGUUACCUACCGCUCAGCCACGUCGCAGCCCAGAUGCUUGACAUGUGGAUCACUAUGACUUUUGCCGGAACUGUCUACUUUGCAGAACCAGACGCCCUCAAGGGCUCCUUGGGAACCACACUGAAAGAGGUUCGCCCAACUUAUUUCCUGGGCGUCCCUCGAGUGUGGGAGAAGAUGCAGGAGAAGAUGAAAGCAAUCGGUGCCAAGGCAUCCCCAAUGAGGAAGAGAGUGGCCGACUGGGCCAAGUCCAUAGGCCUGCAGUACAACUACAGUGCCAUGAACAAGGAGAAUCUGGUGCCGUGGGGUUUCAUGCUGGCAAACAAUCUGGUCUUCAAGAAGGUGCGUGCUGCGCUGGGCUUAGACCGCUGCAAGAUCUGCUUCACAGGUGCUGCGCCCAUCACCAAAGAAACUCUGGAAUACUUCAUGAGCCUGAACCUCCCGUUGAUGGAGCUAUACGGCAUGAGCGAAAGCUCCGGCCCACACACCAUCUCCAUCAACAAUGAGUACCGCAUCAUGAGCUGUGGGAAGGUGAUGCCAGGCUGCAAGACGAAGCUGGAGAACCCAGAUAAGGAUGGGAACGGAGAGAUCUGUUUCUGGGGUCGGAACGUCUUCAUGGGCUACCUGAACAUGCCUGACAAAACCACAGAGGCUCUUGACCAGGAUGGCUGGCUGCACUCUGGAGACCUGGGAAAAAAUGACCAGUUCGAAUUCCUGUACAUUACAGGAAGGAUCAAAGAGCUGAUUAUCACUGCUGGUGGAGAGAACAUCCCUCCUGUUCCCAUUGAGGAUGCACUGAAGGCCGAGGUGCCAAUUAUCAGCAACUCCAUGCUGAUCGGAGACAAGCUCAAGUUCCUCUCCAUGCUGCUCACUCUCAAAUGCGUUGUAGAUGACAACGGCGAGCCCACAGACGAGCUGAGCCCUGAGGCUUUGGACUUCUGCCAGCGGAAUGGCGUCACAGCUACCAAGGUGUCAGAGAUCAUAGCCAAUAAGGAACCAGCUGUCUACAAAGCCAUUCAGGAGGGGAUUGAGCACAUCAAUGCCAGAGCAACGUCCAACGCCCAGAAGAUCCAGAAAUGGGUCAUAGUGGAGCGAGACUUCUCCAUCAUUGGAGGAGAACUGGGACCCACCAUGAAACUGAGGAGGCCCAUUGUUGUGAAGAUGUACCAGGAGAAGAUAAAUGAAAUCUAUGCAGUGGCCACGGCAAAACAGUAGACUGUGCUGCACAGAAGUAAGAUAAUACUGAAGACAGAUGGUCAUGAGAAACUUGGGGCAUGUUUAUGAACAUUGUAUUGUGCUCAGACAUCAUGUUGGGAAAUCCAUGAACUUCUUUUCACCUGAAUGUUAAAAGUGCAAAAGAGGUUUAUAAUUUAAGGGGAAAAGUCUUGAUUCUGAUUGUGUUUUAUUUAAUGAAAUAGAGGUCUGUGCUGCUACGUUUUAAUAUGUCGAGUUUUCCAGAAGCUGCGGAGGAGUCUGUCUGUUGUUUGUUCCAAACCGGUAUUUAAGCUGUUAAAUGUAAAUACAGUUUCACUGCAAUUGUGCACUUUUUGUAAAUAAAAACAUACAAAUCAGAGCCAAAUCAUACCAUGUAUUGUAUGGCACAUACAGGUGAACUGUACGCUGUGACUCAGCCACGUGCAGGGUGGGGAAAACUGGAUAGUGACAGUCAUCAUUUAGGGACAUAAACUUCUACAUUUUUGCAGUUUUUAAAAGGAAAUUUUGUGACUCAUAACCCACCGAGGCCUGAAAUAUGAAAGUCUCCUGUGUGAUCAUGAGCACAUGUAUUUUUAGGGAUGCACCGAUCCACAUUUUUUCACUUCCAAUCCGAUACCUGAAUUUGGAUAUCUGCCGAUACUGAUACUAUUCCGAUACCAGAGCGCUGUUUGCUUUAAUAUUAUUAUUAUUAUUAUCAUUAUAUUAAUUUUACAUGAUGCUGUAAUAAAUCUUCUCCACAGGCAAGUAUGAUAUGUACGAAUGUAUGUAUGUCCUAAAAGGCAACCUGAGUUAAGUAUAAGGUCAGAAAACAAAGUCAGAAAAACAGGAAAUCCUGUUAACAGUCAAUAUUUAUUAAAUUCAAGAGAGAUCUUCAUAAAGGGUAACCUUCUUUUAGACUACCCCUCUCCAAAUAAAAU